AAUAGCACUAUGAGAAUUGGCCAUUGCGUGCACCUUAGCAUUUAAGAAGACACCUGCUAACGACGCACCUGAAGCAAUAAUGGAUUCAAUAAAACAAAGGAUUUUAACUCCUGGAAAGGAAGGGCUGAAGAACUUUGCAGGGAAAUCACUCGGUCAGAUAUACAGGGUUUUAGAAAGAAAGCCUAAAACCAACGAGACCAUUGAGCUGACAGAGGAUGGCAAACCAAAGGAAGUGCACCUAAAAAAGCCACCUGUAUGUGACUGCACCUGUUUUGGGCUACCACGGAGGUAUAUUAUAGCCAUCAUGAGUGGGCUGGGGUUUUGCAUCUCUUUUGGGAUUCGCUGUAAUCUGGGCGUGGCCAUAGUGGAUAUGGUAAAUAACAGCACCAUUCAUCAAGGAGGAAAAAUUAUCAAAGAGAAAGCUAAAUUUAAUUGGGAUCCUGAGACUGUUGGAAUGAUUCACGGCUCGUUCUUUUGGGGUUACAUAGUAACGCAAAUCCCAGGAGGAUAUAUCGCUUCAAGAUUAGCUGCUAACAGGGUGUUUGGUGCCGCCAUAGUGCUAACCUCCACUUUGAACAUGUUUAUCCCGUCAGCGGCCAGAGUGCAUUAUGGGUUUGUGAUCUUUGUCAGGAUCCUACAAGGGCUUGUAGAGGGUGUCACCUACCCGGCAUGCCAUGGAAUAUGGAGCAAGUGGGCGCCGCCAUUAGAAAGGAGUAGGCUGGCGACCACCUCCUUCUGCGGGUCCUACGCCGGAGCGGUGAUCGCUAUGCCAUUAGCCGGGAUCCUAGUGCAAUACACUGGCUGGUCUUCUGUAUUCUACGUAUAUGGGAGUUUCGGAAUAGUCUGGUACUUCUUCUGGAUUCUGGUUUCCUACGAGAGCCCGGCAACGCACCCCACCAUCUCGGAAGAAGAACGCACAUACAUUGAAGAAAGCAUUGGCGAGAGCGCCAACCUCAUGGGCGGACUUGAGAAAUUCAAGACUCCUUGGAGAAAGUUCUUCACCUCGAUGCCUGUCUAUGCAAUCAUAGUUGCAAAUUUCUGUAGGAGUUGGACGUUCUACCUGCUGCUCAUCAGCCAGCCGGCGUACUUUGAGGAGGUGUUUGGGUUCGAGAUUAGCAAGGUUGGGAUGUUGUCUGCCGUGCCGCAUCUGGUCAUGACAAUUAUUGUGCCUAUUGGGGGGCAGAUAGCCGACUACCUGAGGACUAAAAACAUUCUGUCCACAACGACGGUUCGAAAGAUCAUGAACUGUGGAGGUUUUGGGAUGGAGGCGACCCUCCUCCUGGUGGUCGGCUAUUCGCACAGUAAGGGUGUAGCCAUAUCCUUCCUGGUCCUUGCUGUGGGCUUCAGCGGAUUUGCCAUUUCUGGAUUCAAUGUGAACCAUCUUGACAUCGCUCCUCGCUACGCCAGCAUCCUGAUGGGGAUCUCCAACGGCGUGGGCACCCUGUCCGGGAUGGUUUGCCCCCUGAUCGUCGGAGCCAUGACUAAGAACAAAACACGUGAGGAAUGGCAAUAUGUCUUCCUCAUCGCAGCCAUGGUCCAUUACGGCGGCGUCAUCUUCUACGGCCUCUUCGCCUCCGGAGACAAGCAACCCUGGGCGGACCCCGAGCAGACCAGCGACGAGAAGUGCGGCUUCAUCCACGAGGAUGAGCUGGCCGAGGAGAGCGGGGACACUAGUCAAAAUUAUAUCAAUUACGGCGCCGCCAAAACCUACGGCGCCACCACGCAGGCGAACAGCGGCUGGCCCAAUGGCUGGGAAAAGAGAGAAGAGUUUGUACAAGAAGAAGGACAAGCUUCAUACCAAUAUAAAGAAGACGGAGACUACUCCUAACUCAAGUUGUAGCUAGUUAUUUAAUUUUUUUUUUCAUAGUGUCUGUGGUCAAAUUCAUCGUCGUGUUUGCACACAAGUGGUGGAUCAUUGAAAACACAUGUCAUACAUGAAGAUCAGAUCCAGCUUUUAUUACAAGCAACAGCCUCGAGUGGACAGAACAACACAUCGGCUUUGGCACCGCCAUCCAUGGAACCAUCUCUGGAGUCCAUUACCAAAAAAGAAAAACGUUGCCGCCAUCGAUGCGGUAUCUUAGAUGGUCAAAGCACACUUAGGUAUAGCACAGCGGAUAACUAUCGCUCCAACAUAGACAAACCAGACACAAAGAAACCUUCAAACGGCUACACAUCC